AUGGCUUCGAGAAGAUCAAACCCUCGCGACUCUGAUAGGGUACGGACUCGAACUGGUAGUGCUAAUGCGGAACGCAUUCGAUCCGGAGACGUGAGCAAAGCGCUCACAGAAGUUCUUCGUGAGGAGAUUAGACUUCCACGGACUUCAACCCAAGAGGCCAGGGACCUCGAGGGUGAAAAAUCUGUUGCUCGUGUUAAGUCGAGUAGCCCAACAGGUUCGGAGGGGUGUGACCGCCCCCCGAAAAAGGCGAAAACGAAUGGUUCGGACCAUCGUCUCGGUGUUUUGGGUGAAGCGGCUGUUGCUAAACCGUUUCAUUGGCAGUUCUCACACUCCAAAGAUUGCCCUAUUACGGAAGACCUGGACAGUGUUGCUCACUUGGUGAGGCAUUUCAAACCUGCUGGGUGUCCGCUUCCUUCUUUGCGAAAUAUGACCGAACAUAAGGCUUAUGUGAAGAUGGCUGUGGCUCAUGCUAAGGCCAUGGAGGUUAACAAUGAGUUUGCGGCGACUUUGGAAAAGCGCCUGCUAGAAGUCCCUUGCUCUGACGAGCUUUACGAGAUAAAGAAGGCUGCUUCGCUCGAGGCUCGUCUGCGAGUUGUGAGUAACGAGAGGAAAUUGGCCCUCGAGCAAGUUUCCAUUUUGGAAGCGAAGGUUGAAUCCUCUGCUAAUAAGUUCUCUGAUGCCCUUCGUCGCGCAACUUAUGACGCUAAAAAGGCUCUAGCGGACAGCUACUUGGAUGUGUUGGUAUCUCUGAAGGAGAACUGGAAGAAGAAGAAGGCCGCAACCGAUUGUGAAGCUCGUCUUAGGGAGGUCAUGACGAAUAUAGAUCUCUUGAAGGAGAUCAUGAACAAAAAUAUUUUGGCUUCGGACGAGCUGCUGGGCCUUCGAACGAAGGAGGUCGAGCUCGGGUCCGAGCUCGAUGUGUUGGCGAUUUCGGAUUUCUCCGUUGGGAAGCUUGAUCUACCUCAGAUUUCGGAGGAUCUACCAGAAGAUUUCUUUUCUAAGGUUCUUUCUGUGGUGGACGAUGUGACGAAGUGCUCGGGUGGUCAGUUCGAGGAUGGCGAAUUCGGCAUCGAAGAGUAG